AUGCCUCACAAGCACAAGCGCAGAAAUGGCGACGAUUCCUCUGGAUUCGAUCUACCUCCAUCGCGAAUGGCCCGCCCUUUGCCCGUUGGCAAACAAGCCGGCAACUCCAACAAAGGGAAGAACAAGAACGGCAACAAGAACAAGGAUAGCUCAAACUCUGCCAAGUCCGACGACGCCAAUUCCUUUCUCUCCAAACCGAUUACGUCCUACCACGACGACACUCCUCGAGCCUUUGCGCGCAUGAUGGCCUGGCAGUCCUCCAAAGGGAAUAAGGGGUCAAAUUCCAACACUGAACCCACAAACAUCCCGAACAAAAAACGCAAGCGGGGCGGCGACAACAACAACUCAACCGCUUCCGCUGCCAAUAGCUCCUCCAAGAAGGACGCAUCAUCGGCCUCGGGGACGACGACGACAACCGCCGCUGCCGCAGCCAUGCCUACAAUCAAGCCCGGUGAAAAGCUCUCUGACUUCGCUGCCCGCGUUGACGCCGCUCUGCCCGUCUCCGGACUGAAGAACAAGGGCGCCGACCCGCUCCGUUCGAUGGGAGCCAAGCAGCGACAAACCAAAACCGAGAAGCGUCUGCAGAAAAUGUACGCGGAGUGGCGAGAAGAAGACCAGCGGAUCAAAGACCGGUUAGAAGACGAGCGUGAAGAAGCUGAAGAACGCGAAGAAGAACAGCGGGAAUUGUACGGGCUGCCGGUCAGCGGGACGGUUGGAGACUCUACUGGCGGAGAAGGUGCAGGCGCAGGACAAAAGAAGAAAAAGAAGAAGGGCGGACACAAGGCGGGACAUGACGACGACGAUGAUCCCUGGGCAGUGCUCAAAGAACGGGACCAGAAACCUAGAUUGAACGAUGUGGCGCAGGCCCCGCCGACGUUCACAAAGAUCCCUACAGAAAAGUUCCGCGUCAAGAACGGCGCGCGAGUCAAUGUCGCGAAUGUGCCCAAUGCCGCGGGCAGCUUGAGACGGCGAGAGGAGUUGGGCGAGGCGAGACAGAAUGUGCUCGAAGCGUAUCGCAAGAUGAUGGAGCAGAAGAGGGGUGUGUGA